CCCCAACGGAAAGUUCGGCUCCGGCUGCGCGAGGCACAGAGCCCGGGAAUGAGAAGGGGUCGGGGGGCGUGCUGAGGGGACCGGGCGGCGGCGGCGGCCAGGCGGGGGCAACUUCUCCCGGGAAAGCGCCUCCUGCCGACCCCGCGAGCCGCAGCCCCCGAGUGGGCUCGAGGUGGUUUUUCCCUUGCCUCUGCCUCCCCCUGCGGAUUCAAGACGCGGACCUUGGUCCUGGCGCUCCCGCUGCCGGGUGACAAGAGCCAGCGCCGCCGCCGCCGCCGCCGCCGCCGCCGCCUCGGCCGCCGCUCCCUCCGCCCGCCGGCCGCCCCCCGGCCGCAGCCCCUGCCUCCUGCCUCCUGCCUCCUGCCAGCACCAUGGAGUUCUCCGAGAGGAAGAGGAGCAGGAAAUCCCAGAGCUUCAAACUGGUGAGCCGAGAUUAUCACCAUGAGGUAUAUAAGAUCUCAGAAUUCAGCAACGAUGUUAAUGGGGAGGCCAAAGAGACACAACCCAUUUAUUUAGGAAACGAAAGCAUGGAAAUUAAAAAACAAAUUACAGGAAUGAGAAGAUUACUGAAUGACAGCACUGGGAGGAUCUAUCAGCGUGUCGGCAAGGAAGGAGAAAAAUUAAAAGAAGAACCCCAGGAUUUGGAUUCAGUCUGGCCUCCGCGCUUGAACUCCACUGCUGAGGCCCCCCAGAGCCUCCACCCUUCUUCACGUGGAGCGUGGAAUGAGUUACCGCCCUCCAGCGGGCAGUUCUCAGGGCAGUAUGGCACCCGCUCUAGAACCUUCCAGAGUCAGCCCCACACCACUGGGAGCUCCAACGGAGAACUUCCAGCAGUGAAUUCGUCAGGUGGAUCAAACUGCUGUACUUGUAACUGCCAGUCAACGUUGCAGGCCAUCCUCCAAGAACUCAGGACCAUGCGGAAAUUAAUGCAAAUUCAAGCAGCUGGAGCCCAAAACAGACAACAACCCCCCAUUUCCCUCAUGUGCUCCCAGCGAACCGCUGCCUCGCGCAAGAGAAAUAAAAAGAAAAAAGUGCCCCCGAAGACUGUCGAGCCUCUGCCCGUGAAACAGAAGGCCGGCGUGUUGGGAACCGAGAAGCCAGCCGUGGCCUCUGAGCAGUCUGGUCCCCCGGCGGCCGAGCACCCGUCCCCCGGGGACAGCCGCGUCCUCGGAUUCGGCAUUGUCCUGGAAUCGCCGGCCUCAGAUCCAGAAGUGCAACUUGCUGAAGGCUUUGAUGUGUUCAUGCCUAAAUCACAGCUGGACUCUAUAUUGUCAAACUACACUCGCUCAGGAAGCCUUCUGUUUAGAAAGCUGGUGUGUGCGUUUUUCGACGACAAGACUUUGGCUAACUCCUUACCCAACGGGAAGAGGAAAAGAGGACUCAACGACAACCGGAAAGGACUAGACCAAAAUAUUGUGGGUGCAAUAAAAGUCUUCACAGAAAAAUACUGUACCGCUAAUCAUGUGGAUAAACUUCCUGGCCCGAGAGACUGGGUACAGAUUCUACAGGAUCAAAUUAAACUGGCCAGAAGAAGGUUAAAAAGAGGCUCAGCAGAGGCAGCGGACGGUGAUGAGAGACUGGACGGCAUCUCUCUACCGCCAACAGGUAAAACACAUUUCCAUUUCCAACACCCGCUGGAAAAUACAGCCCCUGAAAACACUGGCAUUGAAAAUGUGCGUAACGUCAGAGGUGCAGAGGCUUGAGCAGACUGCUCCUGGCCCCGGCCCUAGGAAUCAGAGCUUCUCAGUGCCUUGUGCUCAGAGAUAUUUUUACAUUGAGUAUGAAAAGCUCCUUUUGCCUCACGCCCUGUCUCCUAGUCUCAAAAACCUCAGAACAGCAAGCCCUAAGACCUUGGUGUCACAACAUGUGCCUCCCCAAACCUGCCGCCGUUGAAAGUACUUUAACAGGAAAUGAUAUUUCUUUUUAGAACAAGGAUCACCAGUUCUGUGGUGAAAUUCAUGUCCGUUCUGUCCCCGUCCACUGCCCCCACCCCAAAAGGGUUUUGAGAGGCAGUCAGUCAUUGCUCUUCUUAUAACGGGCACCUGACGAAUACGGGUGUUUUAAGCGAGUGACUGAAGCAGCCAGUCCGUCUAGCAUGGGUGCACAUUCCUAGAACCCGAACCAGAUCAGCCAUAGAACAUGGUAAGCCAUAGACAUAAUUCCAGGUUCGUAUCCUUUGUGACCUUGGCCUCCUGCCUCUGUGUUGGUUCCUCCCCGAGAGCCCAAGAGACGGGAUCUGAUCAGUUUGCCAGAUGAUAAUUUAUUCCCUCAGUAGUUGUGGGGGCUCUUUAUUGACUGCCCUCACGAGACUACCUGGAGAUUCUCUGCCCACCAAACCCAGACACCCCCAAAAAACCCUCUAAGUGAAAAUGCUCAAUUCCAGAUUUGGGGUGGCAAGUUUUAAAUAAAAUUCAGCAAAUCUCAGUACAGUAGCCAGUCUGUGUAGGAACUCGGCUAGGUCACCUGUUCCUUGAUGGCACUUGUCCCGGGAUGGCAAGGAAAGCAGAGCUCGCAGGUAGGACAGACCGGGUGAGCGAGCCUCAGAACGAUGAGAAAGCUCAACCGUGCAAACGAUGCAGAACCUUCUCGGUCACCGCGUAGCUAAGCAACAGAUCGAUGGACAAACAAAUGAAAUGAGCCGCCUGGUGCAAAAAGGACCUGCUUAUAUCGAGCUCUUCCCAUAUACGGCCGUCUCCUUGUUGGGCUCUGUUUCCACAUUUAUGAAUUAAGAUAAUUGAAAUGCAUGAUCUCUAUUGUUCCUUCCCAUCGUGUCCUCGUCUGUCAGGACAACUCGGGUUAGCCUUGUUCUUAUCACACCUGGCCCCCUCCCAGCAGAUGCAGGAAAUAUUACUACCAGUAACGAAAUUGUGCAUUUCGGGAGGCAGACUUCCUCCCCCGGCUGCCCCAGCCCCGCUGGCCCCGGGGCAUUUGGGCCGCCCGUCCUCACUGUCUUCUGACACCCUGGACUUUUGCUGUUAUUGAAAGUACUACUAUAAUCACUUGAAAACCAUUCCCCUUGAAAUAAUACCUUUGCAUUUUC